AUGGUUGCAAAUGAUUUGUGGGAACUUUAUGCAACUGGGUUUGUGGAUACAACUGACCCAACCCAAUAUGUUGCCCUCGCAAAUAAUCAAAAGAACCAAUUGAGAGAGACAAGGAGGAAAGAUGCUAAGGCAUUGAGUUUGAUCAAAGCAACCUUGACGAAGGCGAUAUUUUUGAGAAUAGCAGCAACUAACUAUGCUAAGGAAGUGUGGGAAAUCCUCCAAAUGAGCUACAAGAGGAUUGAUAAAGUUAGAUUGGCAAAGCUCCAAAUGCUUAGAAGAGAUUUUGAGACUCUUCAAAUGAAGGACAGUGAGUCCAUUUCAAAAUUUCAUACAAGAGUCUCUGGUUUGUUGAACCAGCUAAGGUCAAAUGGAGAAACUAUGGAGGAGCAUAGAAUUGUUGAGAAAAUCCUUCAAAUUUUUCCAUCAAAGUUUGAUGCAAUAAUGAUUGUCAUUGAAGAGGCAAAGGAUUUGUCAAUAUUGACAGUUGAUGAGUUGAUGGUUUCUCUUCAAACCCAUGAGCAGUGCCUAAAUAGGUCUUCUACUUCUUCCCAAGAGCAAGCUUUCAAAGCUCAAGACAAUACGAGAGAUAGGGGGAGAGGAAGAAACGGUGGUAGGAGUUCAAGAGGUAGAGGUUGUGGCAAUGAAGAUGGCUUCGGACAAGCAAAUAGCCAAGAGGGAGUGAGUAACUCUCAAAAUAACUCCAAACAAGGCAAGAAGAAUAGCAGCUCGAAUCAGAGGUAUGAAACAAGCAAUGUAGAAUGCUUUAACUAUCAUAAGUUUGGGCAUUAUGCAAGAGAUUACAGGAAAAAGCAAGGUAACUAG